GUUCAUUUGAUACCGAUGGAGGGAAGACCGAACAGGGGCCGGCAAACUAGCUGGAAGAGAGGUGGAAGUGGAGGGGGAGCUGGAGCUGGAGCGAGGGGUGGAGGGGGAGCUGGCGGGGGAAGUGAUAGCGGGACCUCGGGUGGUGAACACAGGGCCCGGGGAAGAGGACGAUAUGGAACUGGAAGGGGAAAAAGGGAUCAUUAUCGAGGCCGUGGCCGCGGCUAUCAACCUACCCCAUUUGGAAGGGGCCAGGAUGAAGGGAACAGGAUGGAUGAGGAUGAGGAUGAGGGGAUGGAGGUUUUCACCAAGAGGAAAUUGGAGUCUAACUGGGAUCGUUACAAGGAGUCCGAGAAGGAGGAGCCUAGUGAUGAUACGCCCACACAAAGAGGGACUGACUACCACGUCCUCCUCGAAUCAGCAGGGGACUCCUUCACUCAAUUCCGCUUUUCUGAGGAGAAGGAGUGGGAUAUUGACUCAUUGGCAGCCAAUCAGUUUUCAGCAGUGUUUGUGGACCUCCCAGCCCUGGCCCAGUCUCUACAAGAGCUGCCUCUCCACCAGAGACUCAACCUGGAGGCUGAACUAGUCCAGGUGACCUCUCCGGUGGAGCUACCCACUAUGACCAUGGCACCCAAACAGAACUCUGUAGCGCUGGGUCUGUUUAAGCCUCCUGUCCCAGGAGUCCCAGCAGCUCAGAAAGGCCUUAGUCCAAGCCUGGGUGUUUCCUGUGAUGUGAGCACAGCCCCAGGCGCUGUUCCUCUGGGCUCCUCAGCUGCCAAGACCCCUGUGGUGGAUGACAUGGAUAAGGAUUUGGACCAGCUGCUCAGUCUACAGAGCUCAGACUCAGAACCUUCACUGUCCCAAACUGGCAGGCUUGUUGAGGUUCCAAAUGAACCAGCAGUAGAGGAGAGGGAGGAGCUUGUUCCGGAGGAGGAGCUUAAGAAGCAGGACACACAGCAGGCCAAGGAGGAGAUUCAGAAGGAGGAGGUGGCUGCACCUCCCAAGGCAGCGGUAGCAAAGGAGGUGGUGACAGAGGAGGACCUGGAAGACUGGCUGGACAGCAUGAUCUCCUGACCCCUGAAAUCUAACCUUUGACCCUGUCUGACCUAGGAGAAGGACCGUCCAGUCCCCCUCAGCCCCUAACAGUCUUACAUCAUAUUCUAAUCCAUCACAGUCAAGACAUGAAGCACUGCUUAUAUAACAGCAAAUUCAUUAAUAUACUUUUCAUAAGAUCGACUUUGGAUGAAGGCAUUGUUGGGAGUUCUUUCCCUCCCAUUUGACUGAUUCACAUCAAGUCCCAUGUGUUCUCCAUCCUACCGACUACCCUGGAUAGGUGUAGCAGCGGAGCUCUGUGAGCUGUACCGGAUUUCCUAUUCCUUGUCAGACACGGAAAGGGGCUCACACACAGACAGACACAUUUUCCCCUCUGAAAGGUUUCUGUAAUUGGAUCGAUGUUGUGAGUUAGUUGACAGCCCAUGGAAUACAGACAUGGUUUAUUGCAUUGGUUAAUUUAUCCAUUUCCACCCCCCCCUCUUUCCUUCUCAAAAAGAAAUGCAGGUUUCCCAAAGCUACUACAUAUAAAUGGCCAUACAAUAGCAGUUCACUGUUCAAUAAAUUCUGAAUUAUGUUUUUUCUUCAGCGUGUAAUUUCUACUAUGGAAAGAAAGGUGUACAGGCAGACAAUGGACACUGUAGUUUGGGAACAAAUCCAAACUGAGCAACAAUUACACAAUGGGUAUCUAUAUAUAUAUAUAUAUUUCUUCUAAAAAGCUAUCCCUACUGUAACUAGGUAAUUCUAAUCCACAACCUAGAGCACGAAGGGUGUCAAGUUCUUAUUUUAAGGCACAUUGGCACUUUAUAAACACCUAUAAUGGGCUCAAGACUUAUUGAGGGACCCCUUUUUUAAAUUCCUCAUCUCACCAAGCUAAUUAGAUUCAGACCCAAGUUCAAUAAAAGGUAGAAUUAGGUCUAAUUUAAUUUCUAGUCAAGUUUCAUCAUUAUCACCACCACAAUUCACAUUGUAGCAUUUUGGUUCUCAGGUAAUAUCUUGUGUUUUGGUUAAUAUCUUGGGUAUUAAUCUCAUGGCUUGUACAUUCAAUCACUCCUCAAGCUGUAACCCUACAUAUAUCACUGUCUCCACUCUACCUCACAACACACAUUGUGCAACAGUUUUGGGGGGUGAGCAAGUGAAAAGGGUAACGUGUCAUAACAAAUCAAAUGAAUAUAACCAUUUGUGUUCGAAGAGCAAACAAGGUGUUGCUGUGACAGGUGACCUAUCUUCACAAUGAAAAUUGAAACACCAAGUCCAGUCAUCAUCUUCAUCAACCUCAGUCUCUCCUCAGUAGUGGCUGGCCAGUUCAUUAGGUGAUACUGUAUGAUGGAUACAAUGGCAGCAGAAGUAGUGGCUGGCCAGUUCAUUAGGUGAUACUGUAUGAUGGAUACAAUGGCAGCAGAAGUAGUGGCUGGCCAGUUCAUUAGGUGAUACUGUAUGAUGGAUACAAUGGCAGCAGAAGUAGUGGCUGGCCAAUUCAUUAGGUGAUACUGUAUGAUGGAUACAAUGGCAGCAGAAGUAGUGGCUGGCCAGUUCAUUAGGUGAUACUGUAUGAUGGAUACAAUGGCAGCAGAAGUAGUGGCUGGCCAGUUCAUUAGGUGAUACUGUAUGAUGGAUACAAUGGCAGCAGAAGAGCUAAGUGGAGCUAGAUGUCAUGUUCCAUUAAGGUUCAAGGGAGUUAGUCUUUACCAGAUAGUGUUGUAGGGUAGUGUUCUGGUGUCCUCUCUACCCAGAUAGUGUUGUAGGGUAGUGUUCUGGUGUCCUCUCUACCCAGAUAGUGUUGUAGGGUAGUGUUCUGGUGUCCUCUCUACCCAGAUAGUGUUGUAGGGUAGUGUUCUGGUGUCCUCUCUACCCAGAUAGUGUUGUAGGGUAGUGUUCUGGUGUCCUCUCUACCCAGAUAGUGUUGUAGGGUAGUGUUCUGGUGUCCUCUACCCAGAUAGUGUUGUAGGGUAGUGUUCUGGUGUCCUCUCUACCCAGAUAGUGUUGUAGGGUAGUGUUCUGGUGUCCUCUACACCCAGAUAGUGUUGUAGGGUAGUGUUCUGGUGUCCUCUCUACCCAGAUAGUGUUGUAGGGUAGUGUUCUGGUGUCCUCUACCCAGAUAGUGUUGUAGGGUAGUGUUCUGGUGUCCUCUACACCCAGAUAGUGUUGUAGGGUAGUGUUCUGGUGUCCUCUAUCCAUUAAAUGUUGUUGAAGUGAUGGAAGAAGGCUGCCUCAGAUAGGAUGUAGGGUUUGUGAGUAGACUUGUCUCUCAAAUACAGACAGCGUUGCUUUACGGUAAAUGGGAAGUGUUAAGUGUCCUCUCUACCCAGAUAGUGUUGUAGGGUAGUGUUCUGGUGUCCUCUCUACCCAGAUAGUGUUGCUUUACGGUAAAUGGGAAGUGUUAAGUGUCCUCUCUACACAGGUAGGGUAGCUAGCUAAUGUAGUUUUAGGUGUUCUCUCUAUCAAGGUAGGGUUGGAGAGUAGCUGGGUAGUGUUAGCUGUCCUCUCUACCCAAGCAGGUCCUCAUACUGCUUCCUGAAACAGUCCCCAGCAGGGAAGAAGUCCCAGCAUCUCUCCUGGUACAUCUUCCACACAUACGACUCCUGUUGAAGGACAGGGAAAUACACAGUAGUUCAAAUGGUUUUAGGAGUGAAAAGGUGUUUCAACUAGAAAAGGUAAUUUUACAUUAAAUCAAAUUGUGUAGUGUGUUAAAGUCAAAUGGCAGCAAUAUUACAAUUUUGAAAUUCACAUGACAUUCAAAAUGCAUAGCAUCUUCGGAGGUUUAGCGAGCGAUUUGCAUUUUCUGUGUAUCAAGUUUACAAACUUUCAUAUAUUCAACUUCUUGGAUGCAUUCAGAUUCCGUUUUAAAAUUCUGAUUCAAAACCAAAGACAACAUCCUGGUACUUUGCAAGGUAGAAAAGAACAGAGACUCAGAAGCUUUUGCUAGAUUCCGACGCCAAAGUGGCAUUUAUUGUCUUCCUAUGAAUUGGUCUCUAGCGUUUAAACCGUUAUAAGCUAUAUCCCAUUCCUGAAAGCUUAGACUCUAUCAAACAUGGACAUGUCUAGACGUUGAACCAAUGUGGAAUAGAUGUUAAAUUGACGUCUCUGCCCAAUGGGUCUAAGAAGUAGAAUAUAUGAAACUUUGAUAAACCCAAAUGAAUGCAACAUCUACCAUAUUGAAACAGAAUAUUACAUUGAAAUUGAAUUUCAAAAAUGUAUGCGAUUUAUUCAUUCAAUUCAGUUUUUAAAAUCAUGAGAUACAACAAUUUAUGAAUUCAAUGUGUGUAUUACAAAUGGUUAGAUAUUAAAUACAAUUUCUGUUGGUACUGAAACCACUCCAUAGUUCUAUUCUAGUGCUAGAGUUUCAAUGAGAGAGAUUUAGACCUGAGAUGUGUGUUCAUAUAAUAAAGAGAAGUGUUGUUGUACAUACCUGA